AUGCCUCUCGUCAGUGACCUCGUCCUGGACGACUCCAAGUUCGACGACUCCAGAGUCAGCAGCGCAACCGCUGCCCUCAACGAGAAACUUACCGGCACGCAGGCAAGCAUUCCGAAGUGGCACGAGGUCGGGCCAGAGAAGUUCCGUCAGCUGUGCUGGAACAAGCCCGUCGUGAUCGAAUCCGGCGUUGACUUCAAGCUCCCCUCCCGGGAUUCCGGCCGCGACAUUCCCUGCCGCGUGUUCAAGCCCGCAGGCGCCGACGUGAGGGGCGUCCUCAUGCAUAUCCACGGCGGCGGUUUCGUGCUAUGCUCCGAAAAAUACUCCGAUACGUACAUCAAGACGCUCGCCGAUAGUUGCCAGCUCGCUGUUGUUAGCAUCGGCUAUAGGCUGGCCCCUGAGCACCCUUACCCUGCCGCGCUCGACGAUUGUGUUGACGCUGCGGAAUGGCUCGCAAGGAAGGCGAAGCCCAACUAUGGCGCUGAACUGAUGUUCAUCGGCGGACAUUCGGCUGGUGCCAAUCUCUGCGUCCUCACCGUGCUUCAUUUUCUCAAGGUACACUCGAGCUUCCCCUUGCGGGGGUUGCUUCUACAACAUGGCGUCUAUGACCUGUCCCACAGUCUGCCGCAAGCAACGAAUUACGGGGGACGCGGCAUCCUGGAUCUGAGCGAGAUGGCCCGUUUCACCGACGCAUAUCUGCCCGGCAGAACCCAAGAGCAGCGGCGUGAUCCAACAAUCUCUCCCCUCUACGAGAAUCUGCGUCAGUUCGGGAGGGCUGCAUUGCCGCCGGCCCUGUUCACGUGCUGGACCGAGGAUCCUCUUUUGGACGACACCCUGAUGAUGGCCAUCAAGUGGAGAUGUACCGGGAGCGAGGGAAUCACCAAGAUCUUCGCUGGGGCGCCCCACGCCUUUGCCUUAUUUCCGCCGUCCGUGUGCGAGCACGCCGCUCCAGCACUGGACGUGACGCAGCAGUUCAUUUUGGAGAAAUUGGCCUAA